CCUCUCAGACAUGAGUAGGUCACCCUCCUCCUCCUCUUCCUCCCCUCCUCCAAGCGUGUGUCCAGCGUUCCUGCUUUCAUUUCAUUGUUCCACAGGAUUUCAGAUGGUUCUCUUUCUCAUGAUAAUCAGCUCCUGCUUCUCACUUCAUUACACAUGGCUUCUCCAAGACGCAGAGGGAGCUGAGAGCACGGUGGGAUCAUUCAUAAGUUCACAAGUUCUCCUCAGGAACACCACGCCAGACGUUAUUUGGAGAGUGUUUGCAUUUCGUUAGACCAGGACGCACAACUUUUUUAGGAUUUGUCUUACUUUCCAAAAAGGACGUCUCACGCAGCUGGUACAGAGUGAUAUAUAUAUAUAUAUAUCUUUUGUUUGUUUGUUUGUUUAAAACAAGCAUGUUUGUUCGUCCUGUUUAAGCUACUCGGUCGAGGUGAAUUUAGAGAAAGUUUGAAGGUAUUUACCUGGUUCAUUUUCAGACUUUACGAAAUGUGCGUGUUCGCGCUGCGCGUCGUGUUCGCGCUGCUGUGCGUCCACGCUACGCGCUCUGCGUUAUGUCCAGCUGGUUGUGAAUGUUCAGAAGCUGCACAAACUGUGAAGUGUGUUUCUAAGGAUCUUCAGGACAUACCGACAGGCAUUCCUACCUACACAAGGAAUUUGUUCAUCACGGGCAACCACAUUAGACGGAUUGGUCCAGAGUGUUUUAAGGGACUGGACAAUGUGACAACGUUAUCACUCAGCAACAACAGAAUAUCUGAGGUGGCGUCUCACACAUUCUCCAGCCUGCGUAACCUCAGAUCAUUGGACCUGAGCAGCAACCAGCUGGUGUUGAUUCACCCUGAGGCCUUCAUAAUGCACAACCACACUCUGAGAGAGCUGAAUUUCAGCCGAGCUCUCUAUAACCACUCCUCGGUCACUAACUUGGCUACAGCUCUGCGCUGGAGCAGCUUGGACAGUCUGCUUGGGUUGGACCUGUCAAGCAAUGGCCUGAUCUUCCUACCCCCUUAUAUCUUCUUUCGUAUGAGCAGUCUGCGCCGGCUUCAGUUGGCCAACAACUCCAUAGUAUCCAUUACCAAUGAGACGUUGCUGGGUUUGGAGCACUUAGAAGAGCUAGAUCUCAGCCAUAAUGCCCUUAAAACCUUCAACAAGGAAGGCUUGACGGAGUUGGAGCGCAUUCCGAAAGCAAAGUUAUACCUUGGGCAGAACCCAUACACAUGUACCUGUGGAAUUGAGCCGUUCAUCAUCUUGCUAAACACUUCGCUGGACCGUGUUGUAGAUGCAGAGCAUGUGGUCUGUGUGUUCCCUGUUGAAUUGCGCAACGUUUCUUUACUGCUUGCAAGGAAGUUGGUGCUUGAAUGCUAUCACGUAGAGGAGAGCAACAAUCUGGCUCUGCAAACAUCCUAUGUCUUCCUAGGCAUAGUGUUGGGUUUUGUGGGCCUAAUGUUCCUCUUUGUGCUGUACCUGAACCGGAAAGGUAUCAAGAAGCGCAUCUAUGAAAUGCGUGACACCUGCAGAGAGAUGUGGGAGGGGUAUCAUUACCGGUAUGAGAUUGACUCUGAUCCCAGGUUGUCACAAUUGUCCACGAGUGCAGAUGUGUAAUUUGGACUACUGCUAGUUUGACCCAAGUUCUUCCACCCCAGUGUCUUUAUUUGAACUUGAUUGCUAGCAAAUUUUAUAUACUUAAAGAAAUUUGACAAAAUCUAAAUGUUUUGUAAAUAUGAACAUUGUUACAAAAGGUUUUCAGGCAACAUUAAUACUAGCAACCUGCACACCCAUUCUUUUUCAUACAUCCAUCAUCCUGUCCAUCUCCGUUCAGUGCAUUAACCACUAGUGAUGCGUUCCAGUGUCCAUUACCACCACAUUUUCCAAAUUAUCCCUUGUAUCACCGGAGUAAAGGGUCAAGUGACUUGGUUUAGGUGGGUCUAAGACUAUUCUGUUAUUCCAUUUAGACCUAGUAGGCAUUUACUGCUUUGGGUGGAAGCAAUUGUCGUACUAAAUCUCUUCUACUGCAUGCUGUGGAUGUAUUUUUCCCUGAUGUUCAUUGAAUCAAAGAGCUGGGCCACAAUCAGCGAGGAUACGGAGCCCACUCUGCCCCUCUGCACACAGGGAGCUGUGAAGAAUGUGGUUGCCUUUCUCUACAAAGCAUUCCAGUGCAAGGAUAACCUCCUCUAAGCUUACCACAGAGCCACAGAGAAACACACUUCCUUUGUGUCAGAUAAACAGAAUGAAAGAAAUGAAAAGGGGGAUCUUUCGAGAAAGGAGACCAGCUGUGGAAAUCUCUGGUGCUCUUCUCCUUCCUUUUUUUCGGAAGAAACUUUACUGUGUUUUUAUUCCUCUCAUUUUUUCUGUCAGAAUGAUGAAAACCAGCCCUGCGAGAGGCUUGCUGAAGACUGUAGUGGGCCUGUUGGCUGUUUGAAGGCACAGCCUGGCUCAGCUCCUAGUAACUUCAGCAGUUUUUUGUGCUUGGGGGAUUUUUAUAAGUGAUAAGAUGCAGAUGAAUCUGGAAUGGUUUAGGUUCAGAUGUUUUAUGUGUCAAAAUGUAUGGGGCAGAAUUCGUUCUUUGUGUACUAGAAGCCAAAAGCAUGGGCUUGGAUGUCAUGGGUUUGUACUUAUUUUAUUUUUUAAAAAAAAUAAAUAAAUUAUAAUGAUAAUCCAGUGGAAACGCAGUCAGGACAUUUCAAAACUGAAAUAAUUACUUGGUCUGAACUAAACCACUCUGUUCACAUAACUUUAUUUAAAUGUAGGAUUAGACUUAGUCAGUACCCUGGAAACUGACCUGGCUCCAUAAACCAUUAUAGUACAUUCACUAGUACAACACCUGCUGAUUUUGAAUUAAAAGAUUAAUUUGUGCUUGAAGCUCCUCAUUGUCAUAAAAGCCUUUGUCAUCAAAAAAAGCGGUUUAAUGUUGCUCUGUACUUGACAGUUUAUUUAACAUGUACAUGCCUUGCUGUCAAAUUGCAGUUCAUAACUACAUAUGAAGGUGUAUGCAAAUAAUUUUUUUGGAGUCUUUAUGUAUGUCAUGCAUUGAAUGAACAAAAUCGAUGGCUUCCACAAAGCAAGUUUUAUCUGAAUUCUUAAUAAAAUGUUAAAACGUAA